GGACAGAAUGUCUCUGCGGAAGACGUCUCGGCAUCGCAUGACUGACACCCGGCACAAAAAAUUUACUGCGUAGACAACGCGCCAAAAUGCGUAUAAAAGCUGUAGGCUGGCGUUCCUGGACGAGGUAUGUAAAGUAUUCCCAACAUCCAUUGGACUCCUCUUCAGUACUAUUCUUCUCUUCUCGCUGCUACUAUACCCAUCCUUCGUUUACCAUGAAGUUCUCGUCAGCCAUUGCCACUAUCAGCGUCAUUCUCGGCGCAUCAGCCCUCGUCCAGGCCAUGCCGGCAUACGAGUGGAGCAAGUAUGAGAGCUACGACCAGUGCGUCAAGGCGCACGACGGCAAGGUCUCGUGGCCGUACCCCGGACCUGGCGACUGCCACAACGUCGGAACCUGCGAGUGCCUGCCUGGAGGCAACGUCGGCUGCAUCUGCUAGGCCGCUGCACGCGCUGUACCAUGUCUGAUCUGUAUCGAUUCAUGACACUGUAAACUCUAUCCUGUAUACUUCCUUUCCUAACUACGCAGUUCCUUAAAGUUAUAGCAUUCUUUGUUUCUUUUCUCUAUCCGAUCAUAAUAAAAACGCUUUCUUGAUAGAUCUAGCUGAAUCCUGGUGGUUCGUUUGCGGAAAGAACAUCGGUCAUGCCGCCGAUGGUGUCCAUGAAGGCCACCAUGAUAAUGCGCUGGCCUUUGGUGAUAGCAAUCCCAGCGUGGUUCAGGUUUGCGUCGUGUACCCACGCGUCGCCGGGCUGCUGCUUGACAUGCAGAUCAAAGUCAGUGAACAGCGUGCCGCCGCCCUCGAAUUCGCUUGGGUCAUUCAGCAGCAGGGUCAGCGAGGCCAGACAUCCAUCUCUGUG